UUUUGCUUCGCCUUUGAAGCCUCUGGCUCAGAAAGCGCCGAGGAUCUGCUGAUAAGCUGUGAAGGCUGACCAGCAUCCGUGCUUUGUGCUCCUCGGUAUGUUUGAUGUACAAACUCAUAUUGAGACGACAAUAUUCGGUAUUCAGAAAAGGAGCGCGAAUAUACGUGCGCAUGUGGGCGCGUCCCUGCUGCCCUCUUCUCUCCUCCACGAGUUUAGAGUUUCAACUUUGAGGUGUCAAGAAGCUCCGACUUUGAUUCUGACGCCACAACUGUCCCAGUGUUUGGCUUCGGUGCAGGAAAUUGGAUGAAGCCAGCAGGACAGACAUGACCCAACCCCAUGAAGUUAUGCUUUGGUUAUGCAACGGAGCUAGACUGUUUCUAGCGGCUCAGUAAUUUCAGAACUUUUUUGAAGGACGGCCCACAUGGUGAGGAAGAACCCAAUACAUUUUUAUGCAGUUCCAGCUUCAAGACUGGGGUGUUGCCAGGCAUGCUACACAUUGACUGUCAUCCACAUUUCAAUUACACCAACAAAGUUCCCUGGACACUGCUGAUCCCCUCCUAAUAUGAGGAAUUCUCAGGUAGUUCUGCAGGAGGAAGAAACUGAAGGCUUGAGGAUGCUGUUGUCUUGGCUGGCGUCCUGCCUCAUGGUGAUUGGGGUUGCCCUGCCUUACGUGCCCCAGUACCAGGAGAUCCAGAGAAGCAGCAACACUGAGGGCUUCUCUACCAGAGUGUGUCUGGUCUUGCUCAUCGCCAACAUCCUGCGAAUCUUCUUCUGGAUAGGGAAGCAGUUUGAGCUCACCUUGCUGCUCCAGAGUGUGGUGAUGAUCCUCACCAUGUUGGCGAUGCUCCAUCUCUGCUGCUCCGUCCAAAACACUAACAGUGUGAGCACCAAGCGGCACCGACUUUCAGACUUGGAUCCGAAAUAUUUCUGGAAGUGGAACGUGUUUGAAGACUACCUUCUCUUCUGUUUCGGCCUCAGCGCCCUGUGUGCAAUGGUCACCACGCUGCUGCUGGAUUCUGCCGUGUUCGUAGAGAUGCUGGGCUCCCUGGCUGUGAUGUUUGAGGCCAUGCUGGGCCUCCCUCAACUACUGCAGAACUUCCACAACCGCUCCACCAAAGGCAUGAGUGUGAAGAUGGUGCUGCUGUGGACGGCCGGAGACAUCUUCAAGACGUCCUACUUUGUGAUGAACCAAAGCCCAUCUCAGUUCUCUGCGUGUGGUUCUGUCCAGAUCCUCAUUGAUGUGGCCAUUCUCCUCCAGGUGCUGUUCUACAGCCAGGACAGGCAUCUCAAGCUAGGCUGAACCAGACAAACACAGGAACUUUUCUUCAGGUGUGAUCAUAUAAACCAGAAGUGAAAUGUUGGUAUUUUCAGGGAAAACUUUAGCUCUAAAUGGAACUUUUAUUUCUACGCCAUCAUUUUAUCCUUGAGCACCUCCACCUUAGCUCUCCGAAGAUAAAGCAACAUUUACUGUAAAUGUGCUUUUAGAUGUUUUUUUUUGUUGCUGUUGUUAAAUGAGACUGAAUCAGACAGUUCUUUUUAGUGGACAGAAAGUGUAAAAGGCAGACAUUACUCACCUUGGCAGCCCCCCAACUGCAGGUCUGUGUUGCUCUAAUGGCAGCUGUAACAAGCAGCGCUGCUCCAGUAGACCUCCACUGGCCUCUAUCGCUUGACUGAUGAGUCUCCCACUCCACACUUCAUCCGAUUGGUUCCUCCAUGUCAUGCAGUGUGCGCGCGUGUGUAUGUGUGCGUAUUUCACAGAGAUUGCGGAACUGCUGGAAUACCUGCUGAUGCGUGCUCGCAGCCAAUUUCGAUUUUUGCCAUUGGCAGUGCCAAGCCGGGCCGCGCAAUGAACAGCUACUAAUGGUUUCUGCAAAGGCCAUCAGUCUGUGUGUUCGGACUGCAACCUAUGAACUUUAUUGACAAAGACUGAAAUAGUUUAGCACAUAACACAGAUAACAUUGAUUUAGAAUCCAUCAGAAAUAAGGCCAGCGAUUUCUGAACACACAUUUGAGAUUUAGCUCUUUAACAAGCUGUAUAUUCCAACGUUAUAAAAAAUAAAAGGUGGUUUAA